AUGUGGGGUGUGUCUAAAAAUCAAUCUCAGCUUUCAAACAAGAAGCAGGAAAAAGGAGGAGGUUUAGCAGAGAGUUUUAGGCUGGAAAACUUCAUUCCGGGCCUUAUCAUUGGUUUCAUUUUUGGCUUGUUUUUGGAUUUGUCUAGUCCUUCAAAAAAACAAACCAAGAAGAAGAAUUUUUUGCCGGGAAAGUCCCAGCUGGAAAGUCUGGAAGAUGGUGACAAAGAGCUUAAAAUGCCACCGGAUUCUCUUGAGACAAUGGGAGCAAUCUGGACAGCCCAAAAUAGUUGUUACGUGCAAGAAUCAACAAGAAAUGUAAGCAGGAAUAAGAUAAGAGAAGCAGCUGAGGACAUUGGUCUUCCAACUUUUAUUGUUGCUGAUGCUGGAAGAACACAGGUUUCAGCUGGGUCGAAGACUGUUCUUGCCGUUGGACCUGGACCAAAAGAAUGGGUCGAUUCAGUUACAGGAAAACUGCGGCUUCUCUGA